CCACUGGAAGGCAAAUGGUCCGAAUGGCUGGAGCAGGGAGGAUGCAGUAGAGAUGUGUGAGGACUGAGGGGGACAGCUGGGGACAGGGCCUCCAUACUUACUUGGCAAGAAGACAUGUUUCGCAUCAGGAGGAGGAAGUGAGCAUGACGUGGUUUACAGAUGACAAAUCCAACAGUGUUCCUCAAGAACUGAAGCACAGGUAUGGAGAUGAGGAUAGUUGAGGCUCACAGAAAAUACAGCGCUGGCCUGAGCUCAGGAGAGAGCAGCAAGUGCUGGUCAGGUGCAUGAGUGCCCCAGGUUUCAGGUGAAAUUCAUAGGGUUUUGGAGUAUGGCCCAAUGGUACGAAGCAGUUGAAUAGAUUUUAUUUUUUCAGUCAGAGUUACUGAAUGAAUGAUGUUGACAAAUUCCAGUUAAGAACCAGAUUUAGAGAAAUCAACGUUGACCUUGGAAACACAUUGGAUAAAGAGAAAUUAGCACAUGUGCGAAUGCCAGAUGCCCUGUGAGCUUGCCAUUCCCUGUUGACCUUGAGAAGACGAAUCCAGAGCUGUGACCUUUGAGAACCAGCUUUCCACCUUCCUGUUGGCCCCGCCCUUUGGCUCUUGGUCCAAGAUGGAGACGCUCUCCCAGGAUUCCCUGCUGGAAUGUCAGAUAUGUUUUAAUUAUUACAGCCCCCGACGAAGGCCCAAGUUGCUGGACUGCAAGCACACCUGCUGCUCAGUGUGCCUUCAGCAGAUGAGGACCAGCCAGAAGGACGUAAGGUGUCCCUGGUGCCGUGGCAUCACCAAGUUGCCCCCGGGCUUCUCUGUAUCACAGCUGCCCGAUGAUCCUGAGGUCUUGGCGGUCAUCGCCAUACCACACACUUCCGAGCACACCCCAGUCUUCAUCAAACUUCCAAGCAAUGGGUGCUACAUGCUGCCCCUGCCCAUCUCUAAGGAGCGUACACUCCUGCCAGGAGACAUGGGCUGCCGCCUGCUGCCAGGGAGCCAGCAGAAGUCUCUCACCGUGGUGACCAUCCCUGCAGAGCAGCAGCCCCUGCAGGGUGGAGCUCCCCAGGAGGCCGUGGAGGAGGAGCCUGACAGACGGGGCGUGGCGAAGAGUUCCACGUGGUCUGGCGUGUGCACUGUCAUCCUGGUGGCCUGUGUGUUGGUCUUCCUUCUGGGCAUUGUGCUACACAACAUGUCCUGCAUCUCUAAGCGUUUCACUGUUAUAUCCUGUGGUUGAAGCCUUUCCCAGGGAAGGCCUCUUGCGGGUGCCAACUUAGGGGGUGAGCAAGUGUUGAUGAUGGGAUCCCUGCGAUAAGAUGGGGGUGACACUGAGCAUUUGGUGCAAGCGCUGGCCUGCGUUGAUUCGCCUAAAGACAAGGGCGGAGGGUGAGGUCUCAGCAAGAUCCCAGGUGAAGAGUUUAGAGAUGGUGACAGCUGUGAAGAUGUUUGCAUGCUUCCUCAUACUUGUGAAUCCAAUGGGCUGUAAUUUACGAUUUUCCAAAAUCCUGGUCCCAAGUUAGACUUUUCUACUUAGACAUGAAACUGUACAUGUGGGUGCAAUAGCUCUCUAAAUACGGUAGAUGGUAGGUUAAAACAGAUGCUGUGUACACAAGUAGAAUUAAACCUCAAAUCCGUGUUUAAAAAACAAAAACAAAAACAGUGAAGACCCAGAGCUGGCUCCCGUGUGUGCAUGUUUGUGUGUGUGCUCACACGUGUUCAUGC